CAAAGAAGGGGAACGGAGAGGGAGAGAUGAGCAGAUAGCGAGCGGAGGAGGCGAAGCGAUGAUGCCGAAGAGGGAGUCGGACGCGACGAGCCUGACGUCGUGGUCGGCGACACAGUCGCCGCUGCAUCGGCCCGUUUACUACGUGACGAGUCCCGUCCACUCCCACCACGACGCUAUCCGUAUCUCCUUCUCCCACUCGUCGCCCGGCGCCUCCCCGGUCCACCCCUACUACGACCCUUAUCACCACCAGCGGUACAGCAGCUCCCCCAUCCACCAUUACCGCGAGUCCAACGCCCGCCUCUCCUCCUCCUGGCGUAAGCUCCCCACCCACCACCACGGCCCCUCCGAAUCUGACGACGACAACGCUCGCGGCUCAAUGGGCUGCUACGUGACUUGGUUCGUUCUGGCGUUCGUCCUGCUCUUCACCCUCUUCUCCCUCAUCCUCUGGGGCGCGAGCUUGUCCUACAAGCCCCAAGUCAUCGUCAAGGACGUGGUGUUCCGGAACUACGAUCUCCACGCGGGGACGGACAUCACGGGCGUGCCCACCAAUAUGAUCUCCAUCAACUCGACGGUCCGGAUCGCGUUUCGCAACCCGGCCACGUUCUUCGGCGUUCAAGCCUCGUCCACGCCUUUGGAGAUAUACUACUCCGAGUUCAAGGUCGCCUCCGGACACAUGGAGGAGUUCUAUCUAUCACGGGAGAGCCGACGCGUGGUGGUGGUGGCAGUGGCCGGCGUGCAUGUGCCACUCUACGGCGGCGGAUCGAGCCUGAGAAGCCGUGCCGACGGCGGCGGCGCCCCAGCGGUGGUGCCGCUGGAGCUGUCCUUCACGGUCCGGGCGCGGGCCCACGUCCUCGGUCACCUGGUCAAGGUCAAGUUCUACCACCGCGUCCGGUGCUCCGUAACCCUCCGCGAGGACCGGCUAGGCAAGCCCCUCACGCUCGCCAAGGCCUGCGAGUACCGUGACAGAUGAGUUCCCAAGCUCGAACACUCUGGAGAGAGCGGGAAGGAGAGAUCCGAAUCGAACGGGUGGCGUGGGGCAUGAGUUUCCUCGAUCGAAGGUCGUCGGGCAAUUGGCACGUCGGCCAUUCCAAACCCGUGACGUUUCUCUUGUCGUCUAGUUCAGCGUCGCUUGCAUGCUUCUUCAACCUCUACGCAGACACGCCUAAUAAACUUUCACUAUUACACAUCAUGGUAAAAUAGUAAUCGAGAUGAGAUAAACAAAGAAAAUUAUCUUUUUAUUUA